AUGAUUGCGUUUAAUGGGGCAGUUUAUUGCGCCUUAAGUCAGUUAACAAGAUACAACUCGGAGCCAGUGGUCGUCUCUUUGCAGAGGGACUACCGUCGCUGGUCAACUGUUUUUCCAGCUGUCACAGCAUGUUUGCUGGAACGAGUGGAUCAGGACAAAGCAAGGGAAGUCAUACAAAGAUAUUGGAAUAUAACCGAAGACUCGGAUUCCGAAAAGUUUCUGUAUUAUCAAGAAUUUGUCGCUUUGAUCGCGGAGAUAUCGUUUCGCACCAAUCUUCAGAACUUCUGGAAGUACCAAGGGGACGAUACUUUGAAUAGAAUAGACUUGCUCCAGCUAGCUAUAAGUGUGCAUCCCGACUUCCCAAUAAAAGUAACUGCCUCUCAGACUAAUUUUGAGGUAAAAUGGAUCACAGUGAUGACAGAGGAGGGUCUCUGCAAGACCUUCAACUCGGAGUAUGCGCAGUAUCAGCGCAUCAGUGGUGCUCCGUGGCAGGGCCAGACGCUAAUGAAAUGUCACUACCACAGCGAGUUUUGUUACGUGAAAAUUGACGCCGAGAGUGGUGUUAGGUUUUUCGUCCAUUCACCGUACGAUAUAGCUGCAGCUAUAUCAAAUCCCACGGGAGAAAUAUAUCCUGGGGAUGAAUUGAACACAGACUUCAAGGUAGUGGAGAUAGAAGCGGCUGACAGCAUUAAAAGUUUGAGACCUGAACAAAGAAGAUGCAAGUAUACCGACGAAUGGCUCGGAAACUCUAUUAAGGUGUGGAGUAAUAAUUUUUUGAACAGACUGUAUAAUAGGGUGUUCCUUAGGCACAUACAAUCGAUAAAAUACAACAAGUAA